GGCCAGUCCAACCCGCCCCGCGCAGGACCCGGCCAUUGGUGGAGCGCAGGACAGCGAGCGGCGCGGUAGAUCGACUGCCGCUACGCUAUUGGGGGAGGGAAGACAAACUGGAUCCGAACAAACACACACACACACACACAAAAAAAACAGACCAGAUAACAACAAUAUCAAGUUGGAAAUAGAAAGCGCGAGACGCGGCUGCUCGAACAUAUUUACCCGUCGGAAAUACUUCGGAUGUCAGCAUGGCUCAGAUAUUUACUAUAUCAGACAGUGAGUCAGAGGAGGUAGGAGAAACCGAAAAUGACCAAUCGUCUGCCGGAAAGGGGAUGACUGGCGGUCCAAUAGGCCACGCCCUCACUGUGCCUGAGAUGAGACUGGCAGGAGAGGGUCGGUUGAGGAUGAACUCAGAGUCCCAGGCCCAGGAGCUCCAGGGUAGGGGGCCAGGGGUGGAAGGCAUGCCCACAGAUGGAGCAUCUUUCCGGGGUCGCUCCCAGUCGGCCCCCCCUGCCCUCUGGGCGGCCAAGAGAUACGGGCGGCAGCUCCGACGCAUGAGUGACGAGUUUGAUACGUGGCUGGAUAAAGGGGAGAUGAGGCGGGUGAAGAGUGCGGGAGCAGCCAAACAGAUGACCAAGUCCCCCAGCUGGUGGGCCUACCUGUUCAGUCAUAAGGAGACAGAGACAGAACAUACCCCUACCAUCCCACCACGAUCAUCUGAGUAGAGAGGAGGAGGGAGGGAGGGAGGGAGAGAGGGAGAGGGGGGGAGAAGGAGAGCGAGAUGGGGAGAGGAAGGCGAGAGAGAGGGAGGGAGGGAGGGAGAGACAGAGGAAGGAGAGAAGGAUGGGCCUACCCGUUCUCUCACCAAGAGACAGAACCCACCCGUAAUCGUACCGCUAUUUUACCACGGUCAUCAGAGUACAGAGAAUGGGAUGUUUCCCAUGCCAAUAAAGCCCCUUGAAAUUGAAUUGAGAGAGAAAAAGAGGGGGACAGAAGAUGGAUUGGGAGAAAGGGAGAGAUGGGUCUACCUGUUCUCAGCUGCUGCUGAACCACGAUCAGCAAAGUGUAGAGAGGGAUGGAGGGAGAGGAAGGUGUGGAGAGGUGGAAGGAUACAGUAACAAAGUAGAGGGUGGAGAGGUAGAAGGAGAGAAUAAAAGAAGGGAUGAGACCUUACCCAAACAAGAACUAGUUUGCCAGCAAGAAAUUGAUUUUCAACUUCACUCUAGUGAAAGCGUCCACCCAAGGCUGUUUUCUCCCAUUAACACUAUGCAACACAGAGAGAGAGUCCAGACAACAUGCACUGAGACAGAACAAAAUGGCGGUCGGGUUCUCUCAUAAACUCUUCUCCACCUCAAUGAAUCUCUCCUUGUUUCCUCAUAUCCUAUUUUCUCCUCCACCGUAGUGGUCCCUCCCUUCCCUCUGACCUUCUUCUCCAAUGCAUUUUUAGAAGGACACGAGGAGAGGUGGUGUAAGGAAUCAAGGAAAGAUAGUUUGAGAAUGAGUGUUACUGUGUCUGUGUCCCAAAUGGCACCCUAUUCCCCACAGGCCCUGGUCAAAAGUAGUGCACUAUAUAGGGAAUAGGGUGCCAUAGGCCCUGGUCAAAAGUAGUGCACUAAAUAGGGAACAGGGUGCCAUUUGGGACGCAGACCGUGUGGUAGUUAGCAACCACCGCCAGUGAUGGCUGCACUCCGACAACUAGCCCCAUUUCAAAAUAAAUGUCUGAAAUAUGAAGAACCAUAUGGUUUAAAUGACAAUCUUUGAUAGCAGUGCUAGUGAUAUGUUUUGUAUUAAACAAGAACUGCAGGGGAACAUUUUUAUCAGACAAUAGAAUUUAAUUAAAUAAGAUGUAGACUUUCAGAGCAAAACCAAUGAGAAUUAAAGACCUAGUCUUUAAAACUGUAAAUACUGUUAAUAUUUCAAUGAAUGAAACUAAAAUGGACAAUAACAUGUAAACUGCUGAACAACAAAAUGUGAUUUUUAUUAAUGAUACUAUGGUUACGUCACAAAUAGCACCCUAUUCCCUAUACAGUGUACUACUUCUGACCAGGGCCUAUCUAUAUAGGGAAUAGGGUGCCAUUUGAGACGAAUCCCCUCUCUGUAAGCCUGUAUCCUUUUUUUUUUUCUCUACUUAGAGGUGCUACUGCAAGGUCUUCCGUUGCAGCCCAAAUCAACCCCCUACACUUCCAGGCGGUCCCAAUUCGUUCCCUACCCCCUCGAUGUUAGGGGCUGGAUAGUUAUAAGCAGUGCAAUGGUUGACCUUUUAAAAAUUCCACACCUGUAAACAUUGAAUGGUUAGAGCUCGGGCUCCCGAGUGGCGCAGCGGUCCAAGGCACUGCAUCUCAGUGCUAGAGGCGUCACUACAGACACCCCGGUUUGAUUCCAGGCUGUAUCACAACCGGCCGUGAUUAGGAGUCCCAUAGGGUGGCGCACAGUUGGCCCAGCGUCGUCCGGGGUAGGGUUUGGCCGUCAUUGUAAAUAAGAAUUUGUUCUUAACUGACUUGCCUAGUUAAAUAAAGGUUAGUGGGUUUUUUUUAAAAAAUGUUUUAUUCAGAUCAGUCUGUCUUUAUAGUGCACUACCCCUGAUUAGGGGGUAGGGGUUGAUUUGGGAUUCAGCAGUAGCUUCAAUGAUCUGCCUUUCUGUUCGAGUCCAGGCCUUUCUCUGUGACUGGGCCAUGGCUGCCAGCACUACUACCUACCUACCGCCUUAGGCACCGGGCUCAGUCACACUGCAGAGAAGCACAAACAUGCCGGGUGUGUCCCGCAUCACAACGUUGGCAAAACUAUACUCUCUGGAACGGUAUGUAGAGGAAUCCUUAUCAACAGACAGCUUGUCACACACUACUGGUGCCUGCAGCACACAGGCUGCGUUCUAGAUCACAACGUUGCUAAACUCAUCUCUGUAGUGUGUGUGUGUGUCUAUAGUGUUUAACAACAACAAAAAACGUUGGUCGGUAAAUCUGUGCAACAUCUGACCUUUCCUUACAAGGUUUUUUUUAAUUCUGCCUUUUAAACCUGUAUUUGUUUUUAAACCGUUUUUUUAAACCUGGUUUGCGCAACGUUUUGUGGUGUUGAACAUAGCCUGUUAAAACAGGACUGGGCUCUAGUCUAGAUAGAAUUGUGCAACGGGAAGCUUGCCUUGCCGUCUUCUCUGGGCUAUGUCCCAAAUGGCACCCUAUUCCUGCACUCUAAUAGGGAAUAGGGUUCCAUUUGGGACACAAUCUCUGGUAUUACUUGAAACUUGAUGUGUAUGGGGGGGGAAUCUUGAAUACUUUUGCUUUGCUUUCUUUUUCUACAAAAUUACUUUUGUAAAUGUAUUUUCUUUUUGUGACCACUUGGUGUACUAUGGGCAUAAGUAAACAAAUAAACAAAUAAUUUUUACUAAUCAUCA